CCGAGAAACAAACACAGUGAUGGGUCUCUGCGCAACUGGCAAAACAGGGAGUACAAUCCAGAUAGAGCGCCUAGGGAAGCGGUAGUGCCCGAACGUUGAAGGCGAACAAUCCAGAGAGAGAGACGAUGUACAGGACAUGAGCGAGAACUUUGUUGUGAAAGAAACGCUCUACGACAGCGUGGCGCAAGAAUUGCGUGACAACGGCACUGAGGAAGAGGAACCUAGUGACGACGAUGAUGAGGAGGGCGAAUCGAGCGACGACGAUGAUAAGGAGGAGGAAACGAGCGAGGAUGACGAUUCAGAAGACACAGACUCUGAGGAUGAUGAAGGGAAGAACGAGUCGGGAAUUGAUGUCGACAUGUUCAAGAAGAGUCUAUCUGGAGAACUUUUAGGAGAAGCGAAGCAGAUAAUAGCACAGGAGGUGAGAAGAGGACUGUACAGCAAAUCAAGCAAGAGUGAGAAACCUCCUUACAACUUGGGAAAACGCGGCAGGAACGUACGUGUGUACAACAAGAAAGCUAACUACCACGUGAACAUGAAGAAUGUCGAACUAGUUCUGAAGGAAGAUUGCUGCAAGGCCAACUGUUACAAGAAGUUCACGGCGGUAGAUGUUUUCUACAAGCGUGAAGAAUUUUGGGCGAUGAAACAUUCUGAGCAACUCAACUUCUUUCUCGCAGAGAUGAGGGUUGCGUCAUACUUUUCGGAUGAGGGAGAUUUAGAGGUGUUAAGAGUGACGUUCAACGGCGUAAAGGUUUGCACAAAAGCGUGGGGAAAGCUGUACGGGUGCUCGACUACACAAAUGUUUGACAAGGCACUAGAGAAGCACCGGUUAAUGCAAGCAGAAGAGAGACAAAAACUCAGUAAGCAUCGCUACAAGGCUUCAAGUCAUCCGUCAGAGUAUGUCGCAAUGAUCAUUGAUGGGAUGGAUCAGAGCAAGACUAUACUGCCACACUUCACUAGGGUUCCAAAGGAUUCGAAACUAAAAGAAGGGAACUUUGUGAAAGUUCACGUGGUUGGGGCUAAGGUGCUAGGGCUCUCAUCGAACGCCUCUGCAACUGUUUUCUUUGACAACUUCAAAUCAGAUUCUAAUUGCAUGCUAACUGUUCUUCAUCGUCAGAUUUCUCAACUUCCGGUACCAUUUUUUAGAGUCCUUUAUCUUACACUUGAUAACACUUCAAAAGAGAACAAGAACAAAUUUGUGUUGUCAUAUCUCGUGUUCUUGGUGAAAAUGAGAGUGUUUAGUAAAGUUAAGUUAAACUUUCUUCUUUUAGGUCUCACACACGAGGACAUCGACCAGAUGUUCAGCUGUUUCUCGAGAAAGCUGGCUGCACAUGGUGCGUUCGAUCUUCCUGAGUUGCAACACGUGAUUAGGGAGUCGUACAAGGUAGAACAAGAUCAUGGUGUGCACGUUGAGGAGAUGACGGAAACAAUGGACUGAAAGUUGUACGUUCAGGAUCAUCUACAUAAUGUCAAUGAUAUUAGCGUCAACCAACAUUUCCGAAUCAAGCGCAACGACAACG